GACAGUUGACACGAAGACAAACUUAAGGGUUUGAAUCAGAUGCUUGUUAUUGGAUUAAGUCUUAUUGUUUUUAUUCGAAAUUUAUACUACUAAAAUAAACUAUUUGUUUUCUUGUCAGAAAUGAUCCACAGUUUAUUCAUAAUAAACCCUUCUGGGGACGUGUUUCUUGAGAAACAUUGGAGAAGUGUAAUACCUCGUUCUGUAUGUGAUUAUUAUUUAGAAGCUCAACGUGCAUCACCGAAUGAUGUACCACCUGUCCUAGCAGCACCCCAUCAUUACUUAAUUUCAAUUCAGAGAGGUGGUGUUGCAUUGGUAGCUGUCUGCAAACAGGAGGUUGCCCCACUUUUUGUUAUUGAAUUUUUACACAGAGUUGUAGAUACAUUUCAGGACUACUUUUCUGACUGUACAGAAACUAUAAUUAAAGAAAAUUAUGUUGUGGUUUAUGAGCUAUUGGAUGAAAUGUUAGACAAUGGAUUUCCAUUGGCAACUGAAAGCAAUAUAUUGAAGGAACUAAUUAAGCCACCAAAUAUUUUGAGGACUAUUGCUAAUACAGUAACUGGAAAAUCUAAUGUUUCAUCAAUACUGCCCUCUGGUCAACUUUCUAAUGUACCAUGGCGCAGAUCAGGAGUAAAGUAUGCAAAUAAUGAAGCUUACUUUGAUGUGAUCGAGGAAGUAGAUGCAAUUAUUGAUAAAAGUGGUGCCACAGUCUCAGCCGAAAUCCAAGGAUACAUUGAUUGUUGCAUCAAGUUAAGUGGAAUGCCAGAUUUAACCCUUACAUUUGUUAACCCAAGACUUUUUGACGACGUAUCAUUCCAUCCGUGUGUAAGAUUUAAAAGAUGGGAGUCGGAAAGAAUCUUGUCAUUUAUACCGCCGGAUGGUAAUUUUCGGUUAAUGUCAUAUCACGUUGGAUCGCAAAGUGUAGUUGCGAUACCCAUAUACGUGAGACACAAUCUGGUGCUAAAGUCGAACGGAGACCAGGGAAGGUUGGAUCUGACUGUCGGGCCUAAGCAGACUAUGGGUAGGACUUUAGAGAAUGUAGCACUCGAGAUUUGUAUGCCUAAAUGUGUAUUGAAUUGUUCGUUGACCGCAAACCAAGGCAAAUAUUCGUAUGAUCCUGUUAGUAAAAUCCUUAUGUGGGAUAUUGGACGUAUUGAAUUACCAAAACUGCCUAAUAUCCGAGGGACGGUGUCCGUGGCGUCGGGCGCCGAUACGUCGGGCGCUAACCCGAGCAUCAACGUGCACUUCACGAUCCCGCAGCUGGCGGUGAGCGGGCUGCGAGUGAGCCGCCUCGACAUGUACGGCGCUAAGUACAAACCCUUCAAGGGCGUGAAGUACAUCACGAAGGCUGGCAAAUUCCAUAUAAGAAUGUGAUCUCUUUUGAAGGGCUUUGGAAAUUCUCUUGGAAAUUCAGUGUAGAUUCCUUCUGUUUCGAGCGUUGUUUAUGUUGUUUAAGGGUGAUUAUAGACUAGAGCAUUUUAUUGCAGCGCAACUUUGUGCAUUCGCCGUUUUUAAAUUUAAUCGAGCAGCUUUUCGAAUACGAUGCUCGAUGGUUUGUUACAAACUGAUUUUUACUAACCAUCGAGCGUAUUGCGAUAACAUUGUAACGCGUUUACAGAGCGUCGAUUGUUUGCAAGAACAUCAUAUUGUAUAGAAAUGCUCGGAAAAUGAUCUAGUGUAUACUCACUGUUAUAUUGUUGUUUAUAAUGCGCAAUGUUUCUGUAGUUAUGACUGUUAAUUUACUCUAGUUAGGGAUUUUUAUUCGGCAGUUUCUAUACAGUGUAUUGUUAAACUGUCUUCCACAGUUAUUAAAGGUGAGAUUAAAUUGACCAGCAAUGUUCACUAUUCUUAUAAAAAAUUAUCACAAAUAAGUGUAUAUAUUAAUAAUCUUAUGUGUCAAGAAAUUAAUAAAAGCAAUCGAAUUAUUAUUUCAUAUUUUUAAUAUAGGAAAUGCGGCUCGUACCAUGUUACAGAUGACCGUUUGGUUUUUGUCACCUAUAAAUAUAAUUAACCAGUCAUUUUUAAAUAGACCAAUUAUUUUUUUUUCUUCUGUUGCUUGUUGUUCAUUUCAGUAAAAAGUUGUAAAUGUAUAUAUUGUUUUGUGCAUCACUUAUGUUAGGGUCGUGUGCGUGAAACUAUUAAAUGAAAGACUCAUUUUGAUCAAUAGUAACUCUAUUACUUAGCAAUAUUAGCAAUUUCCAAUAUGAACAGGCGUUCGUUGUAUGAAAGGUUCUUUGUUUUUUAACACAUAAUUUGUUAUACUUUUCAUAAUAUAUUAGGUUAAGAACUUUAAUUAGUU